CUUUGAUUCUCCUAAAGUCCAGAAACCUAGAAAGAGAGCCCACUUUAAAAGCCAUCUUCCUAAGCUCUUUCACUUCUCCCUGUCCUCCAGGGCAACUCCCAAAACUGAACAGAAACCAGCCAUGGCAGCCUCUGCCAAUCUUUCUCCUUUGUCUUCUUCAUCAGCUCUCUCAAAACCCAUCUCCAAAAGACCUUAUUUUUUUCUUACCACACCUCAAAAAAACACCUUUUCUCACUUUUCAAAAACCCUGCCAAAACCCUCUUGUUUCCCUUGCAAACGUGUUUUUCAUACCCAGAAACCUCAGUUUUCCAUUUCCUCAAAAAACCCCAUCUCUGAGUUCUUUUCAACUAGCCAAAGUGAUCCAGAAGACGAUUUUGUCUCUUCUUCUGGUGUUGGUGACGAUAAGCCGCGUGAAGAGUGUGGUGUUGUGGGUAUCUUUGGCGACCCUGAGGCCUCACGUCUCUGCUACUUGGCCCUCCACGCGCUUCAGCAUCGUGGACAAGAAGGUGCAGGUAUUGUAGCAGUGAAUAACAAUGUUCUUCAAUCAGUUACUGGGGUUGGUUUAGUAUCUGAAGUGUUUAAUGAGUCUAAGCUUGACGAAUUGCCUGGUGAAAUGGCAAUUGGACAUGUUAGAUAUUCAACUGCUGGUUCCUCUAUGUUAAAAAAUGUGCAGCCUUUUGUUGCUGGAUACAGGUUUGGAUCUGUUGGGGUUGCACACAAUGGAAACUUGGUAAACUACAGAGCUUUGAGAGCUAUGCUUGAAGAUAAUGGUUCAAUUUUUAACACUACUUCUGAUACUGAGGUUGUGCUUCAUUUGAUUGCUAUUUCAAAGGCUAGGCCUUUCUUUUUGAGGAUUGUUGAUGCUUGCGAGAAGCUUGAAGGGGCUUAUUCAAUGGUGUUUGUGACUGAGGAUAAGCUUGUUGCGGUGCGUGACCCCUUUGGAUUUAGGCCUUUGGUAAUGGGAAGGAGGAGAAAUGGUGCUGUUGUGUUUGCCUCUGAGACUUGUGCUCUUGAUUUGAUUGAGGCUACAUAUGAGAGAGAGGUUUAUCCUGGUGAAGUUUUGGUAGUGGAUAAAAAAGACGGGGUUCAAUCACUCUGCUUGAUACCCCACCCUGUACCAAAACAAUGUAUUUUUGAGCAUAUCUAUUUUGCUCUGCCUAAUUCUGUUGUUUUCGGAAGGUCUGUUUAUGAGUCACGAUAUGCUUUUGGCGAAAUACUUGCUACUGAGGCUCCUGUUGAUUGUGAUGUGGUGAUUGCAGUGCCAGAUUCUGGGGUGGUGGCUGCUCUUGGUUAUGCAGCCAAAGCAGGGGUGGCAUUUCAGCAAGGACUGAUCAGGUCUCACUAUGUUGGAAGAACUUUUAUUGAACCUUCACAGAAGAUUAGGGACUUUGGUGUGAAGCUUAAGCUUUCACCUGUUCGUGGUGUAUUGGAAGGUAAGAGGGUUGUGGUCGUGGAUGACUCAAUUGUGAGAGGAACCACAUCUUCAAAAAUUGUUAGGUUGAUCAAGGAGGCAGGGGCUAAGGAGGUUCACAUGAGGAUUGCCAGCCCACCAAUUAUUGGAUCUUGUUAUUAUGGAGUGGACACACCAAGCUCUGAGGAGUUGAUAUCUAAUAGAAUGAGUGUGGAGGAGAUUAGAGAGUUUAUUGGAUGUGAUUCACUUGCUUUUCUGCCUUUUGAUAGCCUGAAGGAGAUGUUGGGUAGCGAUUCUCCAAAUUUUUGUUAUGCUUGCUUCUCAGGGAAGUACCCAGUUAUGCCAAGGGAGGUUAAAGUGAAACGGGUUGGUGAUUUCUUGGAUGAUGGAUUGAAUGGACCUUUUGAUUCCAUUGAUGGAGGUUGGGUUAAAGGCCCACAGAAUUUCAACAUUGAGAAACAAAUUGAUCCCCUGUAUCAACCGAGCAAGAUUUAGCUGUUUCAAGCAUAUGUGUGGUGAGUGAUAGAUAUCUUGGGUGAUAUGAACACAGCCUUUACAUUCUUCGUUGAAUAAGCUAGGGUUAUACAAUCUAAAGCUUAUGCAAUUUUGUCCCAUUUUUUUCUUCUGCAAACUAAUCUCUUUAAUGUAUGGGUUUGUUUUCUUUGCUAAUAAAAAAUGGGCUAUCAAAUGAACUUUUGAUUGAUGUCA